AGCGGUCUCGCACCGGGUAAAAGGGAUUUGAUAGUUGCGGGUCUCGAGCCGAGCCUUCAGUUGACUUCCUCGGUGGGACAGAGACCAUGGCGGCGGCGGCGGCUGCUGCCUGUGGCCCGCACAGCGCUGCGAUAACGGCCGCUGCUAGCGGCAAGAAAACGCACAGUAACAGGGAACACAGUCGGAGGAACCGGGAGAACUCUCGCCGGAGACAAGCGGCUCUUUUGUUUCUCAGUAACAUCUCCCUGGACGGACGACCAGUUAACGACCAGAGUAAUUCAGCCGACAAUGCAGGAAGCCGCCAGCACAAAGAGACCGACUUGGAGGGAGCCGACUUCGGCUCUGCGGUGGCGACACCGACCGGGUUGUGCCCGGAGCUGGGAAACAGCAGCUACGGGACAUUCUCCAGUUUGGCAGCGUCCGUGAGCUGCGGGAACGUCAGUCCCUCCCCGGCACAGAGGACACUCCUCAACAUACCGCCUAUCCUGGUCCUUCCGUCGGACACGGGGUUCAACGAUGUGGGGAGCGCGGAGGUGCUGGUGGAGUGCCGCAGAGGCUCGUUCCCCCCACCGGGGAACAGUAACCUGCUCUCGCCGUCCCCGUCCAACGUCAGCCUGCUGCCGUCGCCGAUGGGACCGCGGAAAUCUUCCACAUUGCUGUCAGUUCAGAGCUGUAACUCUGUGUCCUCAGAGCCGCGACAAAGGACUCGUAACCUCUCUGGUGGAUCUCCCAGACCUCGACACACCAAGAAGAUCCACUUCAUCAAAAAUAUGAAACAGUACGACACGAGAGGCAGCAGGAUCGUGAUGAUCUGUGCCAAGAGAUCUCUGUGUGCUGCCUUCUCUGUUCUGCCCUACGGGGAAAGUUUCUACCUCAGUGACCCGACAUUAAACCACCCCAGGAGGAGGCACUCGUCUGGUAACAUUUCCACCACCCUGGAGAUGCUGCCGGGGCUAGAGGGCUUUCAACUGGAUACCUACGGCAGGUCUGUGUCGUAUGCCCAGUUCCUGUACCCCACCAAUGCCCUAGUGAGGCAGAAGCCGUCGUCGACCAGUAACCUAACGCUGCAGAUUCCCAUGUCCCGGAGCACACACAGCAUGUCUGGCAGGAGCUGCCCACCCAGCAGACUGAGCAGCACCGUGGGACUGGACCUGGGUGUGGAAGAUGUGACAGAUUACGAUCCUAACAUCCUCAAUGACCCCCAGUGGCCUUGUGGGAAACACAAGCGGGUGCUGAUCUUUGCCUCCUACAUGACGACCGUAAUAGAAUAUGUCAAACCGUCCGAUCUGAAGAAAGACAUGAAUGAGACGUUUAAGGAGAAGUUUCCUCACAUUAAACUCACCCUCAGCAAGAUACGCAGUCUGAAGAGAGAGAUGAGAGUAGUAGGGGAGGAUUGCGGCAUGCAGCCCGUCACCAUCGCAAUGGCGUUCGUCUACUUUGAGAAGUUAGUGCUGCAGGGUCGACUCAAUAAACAGAACAGGAAGUUGGUGUCAGCUGCCUGCAUCCUACUGGCUGCUAAGAUCAGCAGUGACCUAAAAAAACAGGAGGUCAAACACCUCAUUGAUAAGCUGGAGGAACGGUUCAGGAUCAGCCGGAGGGAACUCAUUUCGUUUGAGUUCACCAUCCUGGUCGCCCUGGAGAUGGCGCUCUACCUCCCUGAGAGUAAAGUCAUGCCACAUUACAGACGGCUGGUGCAGCAGCAGCAGUCGUAGCAGACACACACACAUCGAUCGCUCCCUCCAGGGACUCGCUACACCUUCCUGCUCCACACUGUGACGGACGGAUCCUCGUGAUGCCUGGCUCAGCGAGAAUCCUCCUCCUCUCUGCUCACAAUGCAGACACCAAAGCUCAUCCACACUGUGAUGGUAGUACGACGGCAGGCCUGGCAAUGCCUGGUUCAGCAGCAGAGCAGCACAGAACGCAACACCUUCUCUUCCUCCCUCAAGCACCAAAGUGACGACACACUGUGAUCAAGGGUGUCUGGCUCGACGGCACGGUCAGAAUUCCUGGAGGUCAAACUCAUCCCCUCAAAAUCACGUCUUUCUUAAAGGAAAUUUUUUUUUUUACCAAAUUUCAUUCCUGUCGGAUUUAAAAAGGGUUUUCCUCACUAUCUCCUUGCAGCAGAGAUUUUUGCGAUCUGCUGAACACAGCUCUGUAAGGAUUGCUGGGUGAAACUUCACAGCUUUAGAUCAGUUAAUCUGAGUAAUUUAGUCCUCCUUGCUAAAACCUCUGUGCUUAGGCAGGUGAGCAGCAUAUUGACCAAGAAAGAUGUGAAAUUGACUUCCACACAAAAUCUAACCAGAAGUGCCGUUUCCAAAACAGUUUUCAAACUCACUCCCAAUCAAAAGGUUUUCUCGAGCGCUUUAGGUCUAUUUAUUUUAGAUUUACCUUAAAUUUAAGUCUAACGCUCUAGUCUAAAACUGCUUCGUCAAGUUUGGAGUUCACUGCCGCUGUACCUCUGUGGGCCAAAGUCACUUAGACUGUGAUAUAAUGGCUGAAAUAACACUUGUUAUUUUGGUUCAAAUGUGUUGAGUGAGGUUUGUGCAUUUGACAAUCAUUUUGAAGCAUUAUACUGCUGACAUCCCCAUAUUUUUCUAGAAACUAAAAUUGUGAAAUUUUAUUUGAGGUGAGAAAUUCAGGCCAAGAAAGGAAAUCGUUCCAGCACUGUGGUGACAGCAGUUUCCAGUAUUUCCUUGUGUAUCUUGUCAUCUUGCUGGUCUGGUGUCACUGGUCAGACUCUAACUCACAUUAAUGUCAUGAAAUCAGCGCUUUUCUGUGUGCAGUCCUGGCGUCAUAUUCUUCGUUCUCUCUGAACUUCCAGCUGGCUUCUCAAUUAAUCACACUCGCUCCAAUCAUUAGUUUAUCGAGGAGAAGGAUCACUGGUGGCAUUUUUCAGCAUCAUCCCUCUUUACAGUAACACACGUGGAGCUGCAGAAGCUCCGCUGGAGGAGUUUAGAUGUUUAAGUGCCUUGGCCUGAGGGCACCUGAAGUGUAGUUGUUCCUGUUGUCUGUCCUUGAAUCCGACGAUUCAAACCAGCCUUAUCUUCACCUCUCCUCUGUAUUGGUGUCUGUCUCGCUCUCAUGCUGGAGUCCCUCCUCCUUCCUGGUUUGAUGUGAAUGAUCAGCUGCUCACUCUGGUGGUCACAGAGAAGCAGUGCAUUCAGAUUAGAGUAAAAACAAAUGACAGCAACACUGCUGUCGCCUCUGCCGCAGUGAACGCUUCUUGUGACCGCCAAAGGUCUUCUCAAGGAAAAAUCGCUGUGGCAUCCUGAAUAAUUUGUUUCCCUCCCCCGUCCUGUUUGCUUCUUUGAUGUUGCAUAAACACUGCGUCCCACAGCAAGAGUCCAUGUCUGCUGUGAUCUGCAUUUCUAUGCUGAGAAAUGUCAUAACAGGUCAACAAAGCCUGUUCCAAACACUUUUUCAGAUGCACCCUGGAAAAUGCAGCCUUCUUUUUCCACAAAUUUGGGGGACACAACCAGUGUUUCCUUUUGAGGUCUAAUAUCCCAGAAAGGUGGAAAUCAUUAAACUAUGUUUAACACAACUCAGCUGAUGUCACCUCACAGCAGAGGCUGCAAGAUUCAGUUGAUAUAGAUACGAUUUUUAAAUACAGGACAAAAACCUGUCACUUAAUAAGACCGUGGUCUAGAUGUUUCAUUGAUGCUACAGUAGAAACGUAAAUUAAUCAGCAUCUGAUUGCAUCAUCAUGAUAACUAAUUAGUAAAUUUUUGGGGGCAAAAAAUCUGAUUACAGCUCCUCAAAUGUGGAAGUAUCCUGGUCUGUUUGUUAUAACCUAAAUUUUGGGGGGUUUAAGGCUGCCAGUCGGACAAAACAAACCUAACUUGGGCUUUGAGAAACUGAUUACCAUUUAUCACUUUUUCACUGACAUUAUAUCGACCGAACAAUUACUUUCACCAUGGAUUAAUCUGUUGUUUUUUUCCCUCUCUAGUUAAUGCUCAUCACUUUCAUUUUUAGCUGAUUUUCAUUCAUGCCCCGGGUGGAGACAUGAAAAACAAUGACAGCUGUAAAACAAAUGGGUGAAAACCCUGAAAGAGACACCAGCUCACACACGGUACAGACAGGUUGGUGCCGACGCUGAAGCUUCUUAAAGGUGACUGCAAACUGCAUCUCAUUUUACAACCCUGAUGAGAAACUGACCUUGUAAAGUCAUCAUUGUGCAGAUGUGGUGUCCGAACAGACUUCCUCAUCCUGUCUGAACUGUGAACAUCAACUACCAAAAAGGCCGUUCUGUUAGUGAACUACCCUAGAAAAACUACUUUUCACUCAUAUUAUUUAUUCUGUUUUUACUGUAUCAUAAAGGGACUAAUAUUUACCCAAACAGAGGCUUUAACAGGAUGUCUGUACCUGUUUUGUUCCCCCGUGUUGCAGCAGUAAAGAACUGGUGUUAGGAAACAGUGUGUAAUUUUAUCUGCUUUACCCACAAACAUGAAGUGGGUGUGUUCUUUUAAAAGUGGUUACCACUUGUGACAACUGCAGGAACACUCCCUGUAGAGCCUCUGUUGUUUUUGCACUUUGCCUUUUUGCUUCACAAUCCUGAAUCUUUGUUAUAACUAAGUAACAAUGGUAAUAAUAUUUUUCUAUUUUAAAUAUGUUAUUGUAUUGCUGUAUAUUGAAAAGUGACCAAGUCACUGAAAAUUAUUUAUUGCUAAUAAUCCUCCAGAUGAGGGAUCAUGUUUUAAACAGAGCUGCGAUUGUGAACCUGCAGACGACAAAUCACCAGAUUAUUCAGUUAAAAAACUAUUUUGGCAAAUGUUUUGACUUAAAAUAAGAUUCCUCAUCUUGAGGUUUCAUAUCAAUGUUCUUCCACUGAUGUUGACUGUUGUUUUUUGGAGUGUGGGUUCAUCUGCACGUGAAUGUUUGAGCAGCAGAUUAACAAGUCGCAUUUGGACUAACAAAAAGAAACCGAUGACGUGGUUUAGGACUCCCUGAGGAAUAAUCUAUAGAUCAGGCUUCUGAUAUAUAACACUCGUUAGGAUUAUUUCAUUGUUGGUUUUGGUCUUUCCAUGGGAUUGAAUGACAAUAAGAACAAUACUGAAUAUUUGCAAACUCAACCUUUUGAAGGACCAUAUCAGUGAUUUUUCAUGUUUAGCCUAUUCAGUCUGCACUAAAACUGUGCAUGUUACAAUGCAGACUAAACCUGCAACACAUAGCUGCACGGAUUAGUCGAUUUGCAGAAAAGAUUCUCAAAUGUGAGAAUUUUAUUAGGACAAAUUAAAACAGGCAUUUUUCACUAUUGUCUGAAAUUGUAUUCGUAAAAUAAUUAUUAGCCAAUACAUAAUAAGAUAAGAAUUCAUUGCAGCCUUAAUGCAGACUUGAGUUUUACUUUUCUGCUCCCUAACUUUUGUACUGUACUGGUGGUUAAUAAAACCACUGGCUGCCUGAAAGAUAAGAGAAGCAUUGAAAACACCUAAGUUUUACAACAUCAUACAACAUUUUUUAAAGAUUUGGUUUCAGUUUUCUCUCUCCUGCUCUAACGAAGAAGAAUCCACACUCCAGUCUGCACUGAGACACUUCAGAGCGGAGAUGUAUGUUUGAACUGUUAUCUUUGUGAAAUGUAUAAAAGGGAAAAGUUAACAUCGACGCUUCCUUUAGUUAAGUUGAUGAAAUAUGAAAGACGUUAAAAGAAGCACUACGACAAACGAUAGAGCAGAAACGGCACACAAUCUUCCAAAGUCGUCUUCUCUACAUUAGAGAUUUGUGAAAUUGAUUCUAUGCAGUUUUUAUUCUGUCAGCUGACCUUCAUCCUCCUCCUCUUCCUCCUCAGUGUGUUUACUUUUAAUGUGCCACAGCAUUUCACCUUUUAUUUAAACCUCACAUGUUGUAUUUACUUUGUUUUGUAUCGAGUAAUUGUUUUUAUUCUUUGAGCACUGUAAGUCUGUAAAGGGAAAUAUUUACCAAGUGUUUGUCUUCCAUUUAUAUUAUUGUUUUUACAUUUUAAGUUAAAUAAGGUUUUUUUAUUGUUUGUCUUUUUUUUUUUUUUUUGGACGAGCUAUGCAGCAAUUUAGCAGCGUUGCAAUCAUGACACCACAGGAAGUUUAUGCGUGAAAAUAUUAUUUAUGUUUUGUUGUUGCCACCUUUUCACGUCAUGUGUAGUGAUACAGAUGAGAAAAGAAACAGAGGUUAAAGGACUUUGACUUGUGACAAGAGUUGAUAUUUUUGCAAGCUGAAGUUUAUCAACCUGCUUGCAGACACUUGCACUGCAGGACAGUUUGGUAUUCAACACCAAAUGGGACAUGAGUGGAUGAAAAUAUUUAUAAAAUAUUUUGUAAAAGAUAAAAGACCAUAUACUGUUUAAACUGCCAAUAUUCAAUUCAUGUCAAGUUUAUUUUCAAUAAAAAUAUCUAAAUUAC